GAAUUUCACAUCAAUCACAGUGCUGAAUCACUACUACCCCAACUAUAACAUAAAAUUGGCACAAACUAAAAAAUUUUCCGAGGAGUUUUUGGUAAAGUACAAUCCAUACUUAAAGAAAUAUUUGAAUUGUCAGCAGCUCCAGCCAAGUAACAUAACCGAAAUACUGGGGCAUUUACUGCAAAUAGAAGAUGCACAUACAAUGCAGCCGUACUGCAGCUUACGUCUUAACGGUAUUAAAGCAAAAAAAAGUGGUAAGAAACGUCUUGAAUUUGAGAUGAAAAAGAAGCCAAAUAUCAAUAUCGAUGAUGUGCUUAGUUUCAAAACUGAUGAAGUGGUCUUUGUUCCACGGCAAAGUACGGCUUUCGCACAAAGUGGAAUUAAAUUUCCGAUAGAUUUGCUUACGGUUCAUGGGCAUGAAAAUGUGAACACAGAUGAUGAACUGCGACGCCAUGUGAGAGUUUUGGAGACGGUUAAAAAAAAUACAGUAUAUGUCAAAAAAAUAACUAAGAAAUGUCCGGAUUUUGAUUUGAAAAAAAGUUACGAUAUUAUUUUUCGGCCAAAUCGUUUCAAUUUUCGUGUACAACAUCGUGCGUUGGGAUUGUUGAACAGUUUGAGUUGUGGAUAUGUCUUCCCUCCCGCCAAUUUGACUAAAGUGAUUGGUACUACAGAUGAUAG